ACAACAGUAGAUCUACACAGCUUCCCUUCAUCAUGAUCCCAGGCUGGGAAGUUAUGUACUGAAACUCCUCCUGCUCCAAAGUGUCUGAUCAGUUACAGCAAUCAUUUUGCUUCUCGUGUUUUUAGUAGGUGAAAUGUGCUGAGGACAAAGUAGAGGUGGUCUUUUUAUUCUAAGGGAGAACCAGCCUACUAUCAGGAUCAUUAUAUCAGUCCAACUAUAGAUUUUUCGGUUUGCUAGUUAGCAGCUGAUUGGCUGUAGUGAACUGAUUCUCCUGAAGUACUGCUAUCUAUUCUCCCCUGUCGUCUGAUCACUGUGGAGCUCGAUUGGAGCUGCGAGUAAGCCAAUCAGAAACGACCGCUGGCCACCUGCAGGAAGUUGGCCGUCCACUUAUCUCCUCCCUCCUCCGCCUGCUGCCAGAUAACAGCACCAACAGUUGGAUCAAGUACCAGCGAGUCCUCCACCGCAAACUGAUGGACACCAAAACACUGUAACGGUCUCCCCCACAGCCCUGACAGACUCUCUUCAGUGUGUUCCGGGUACAGUCGGUAGAUUCGAGUUGAUGCUGAAGUUAGUAGAUGUUUGGUGUUAUGUAAAAGAGUUGUUCAGGGAUACUAUCGAUAAAGAGGAAGGCUAUAGAGAGACGCAGAAGGGCUGCAGCCUUCCGUUAACUCAGUUCCAGUGCGCAGCGACGGUUAAAGGCACCAUGAGCGUCCCGCUUUACGCACCGACUCCCAUCCAGCCGGCUCACCCGACACCCUUCUACAUCGAGGACAUUCUGGGGAGGACUACCACCGCCACCUCCUCUCCUUCUUCCUCCUCUUCCUCCUCCUCCUGCUCCACUCCGCUCAUCCCUACACCGACUCUUCCGUCGCCCAACUCCUCUUUUACAAGUCUCAUCUCACCGUACCGGACACCGAUUUAUGAACCCACGCCGAUCCACCCGGCACUGUCUCACCACGCCGCAGCGGCGUUGACAGCGGCGACGUACGCCUCCGCUGGGACCUUCGCCGGCUCCAUCUACCCCUACCACCAGCACCACCGCUCCAUGGGGGAGUACGCACAGGCUCUGCUGAGGCACGACCCUCUCGGCAAGCCUCUGCUGUGGACCCCCUUCAUCCAGCGGCCCUUACAUAAAAGAAAGGGCGGCCAGGUUCGGUUCUCCAACGACCAGACCAUCGAGCUGGAGAAGAAAUUCGAGACGCAGAAAUACCUCUCACCGCCUGAGAGGAAACGUCUGGCCAAGAUGCUGCAGCUGAGCGAGAGACAGGUCAAGACUUGGUUCCAGAACCGACGAGCGAAGUGGCGUAGACUGAAACAGGAGAAUCCUCAGGGAGGGAAAAGGGAGGUGGAGGACGACGGCUCCACCGGGAGAAGUAACAAGGGAGAUGACAUGACCGAACCUGCCGGGAUCCACAGCCCGGAGCGCAGACACACAGUCUCUGCAGAGCUGUCGCAGACGGGCCGCUGCGUGCUCUCCAUGUCCCCGCAGCCGCCACACACAGAGCUGGACUCCGACCUGUCAGAUGACACGGACCAGGACCUGGACAUAGAGGACGACUCCGAGUUCAUGCUGAAUCCCUAGUUCUGAUCCACUCAGCCAGAAGGAGCCGCACUAUGAAGAUGACAUAACUUCUGGGACUCUACAGCCCAUUCAUUCACCUUCACUGACUUCUGAAGACAGAGAGACAGACAGAGGGACAGACAGACAGGGGGACAAUCAGACAAUCAGACAAACAGGAGCACAGACAGACAGACAGACAGACAGACAGACAGACAGAAGGACAGACAGAGGGACAGACAGGAUGGUCCAGUAGUUCCAGCUGUAAUAUUUACUGCAGGUAUAAAAUUGAUCUGAUAGUAGAAUAAUUGACCACGUUCAAAGUGUCCACAGUCAUAUCUCUGGUCAUUGUCUCCUUUCUCUGAUCAGUAUCCACUGUCAUGUCCCUGAUCAGUGUCUCCUGUCUCUGAUCAGUGUCUCCUGUACCUGAUCAGUGUCUCCUGUCCCUGAUCAGUGUCUCAUGUCCCUAAUUAGUGUCUCCUGUCCCUGAUCAGUGUCUCAUGUCUCUGGUCAAUGUCUCCUGUCCCUGAUCAGUGUCCCGUGUCCCUGAUCAGUGUCUCAUGUCCCUGAUCAGUGUCUCAUGUCCCUGAUCAGUGUCUCCUGUCUCUGAUCAGUGUCACCUGUCUCUGGUCAGUGUCUCAUUUCUCCGGUCAGUGUCUCCUGUCCCUGAUCAGUGUCUUGUGUCUCUGGUCAGUGUCUCCUGUCCUGUCCAUCCAGGUGGAUGAUAAAUGCUCUUAAGUCUGCGGCCGCUGCCUGAAAAUGUGACAUUCUAUUAAAUAAUCAAUGUAGCGCAAAUUGUGUUUUGUUUGUUGGAUCUAUUAAAGUAUUUUUGUGUUGUUUUGUAAGAAUAAAAUGUGUAACUUUCUGAUGUAGA